CAUCCUGAAUUUGCUGUAUUUACAGAUGAAGAGCAUACUAAAACAGAAAAAUUCAACACUACAUACACGGAAUUUAUCCUGCUGGGGUUUUCUGACAUUCCUAGUGCCCGGUGGGUUCUUUUUGGGAUAUUUUUCCUCCUAUAUCUGACAAUCUUGUUGUGCAACAGCAUCAUUAUAUUAAUAACUGUGAUUGACCCCAUUCUCCAAACCCCCAUGUAUUUUUUCCUUGGCAAUUUUUCCUUCCUGGAAAUCUGCUAUGUAACUGUCACCAUCCCACGGAUGCUCAUGGAUCUUUGUACCCAGAAAGGAAACAUCUCGUUGCUUGGUUGUGCUGCACAAAUGUGCUUUGUGCUUUUGCUGGGAGGCACGGAGUGCCUUCUGCUGACAGUGAUGGCCUAUGACCGCUACGUGGCCAUUUGUAGCCCUCUGCACUAUCCUUUGGUCAUGAACCACAAGGUGUGUAUUCAGCUGGUGGCUGCCUCCUGGGUCUUUACAACGCCUGCUGUAAUAGGGCAAACAUGGCAGAUUUUUUCUUUGCCCUUUUGUGUUUCUAAUCAAAUAAAUCAAUUUUUCUGUGACAUCCCUCCAAUCCUUAAGCUUGCUUGUGGUGACACAUUUGUGAAUGAGAUAGCAGUCUAUGUUGUGGCAGUGGUAUUUGUCAUGGUUCCAUUUAUGCUGACUGUUGUUUCCUAUGUCAAAAUUAUUUCCAGUAUUCUGAAAUUGUCGUCAGCCAAAGGGAGGGCUAAAGCCUUCUCCACCUGCUCCUCUCAUCUCACAGUUGUAGUUUUAUUCUAUGGAACAGCUGGCAUCACUUACUUGCAGCCCAAACCAAAUCAUUCCGAAGGAAUGGGGAAGCUAAUCUCUCUUUUCUAUACCAUUUUGAUCCCAACUUUGAAUCCUAUUAUUUAUACUCUGAGGAACAAAGACAUCAUGUCGGCACUGAGAAAACUACUGAAUAAAUUAUUGACUUGA